UGUACCUUCAUUGGUGUGGUGUAACCUAAUAAAAAGGAUGCACAUUAGAAGCAUGACGGAAGCAGCAGCGGUGGUGGCAGUGGUGGUGGCGGUCAUGUUUACAUCGCCUACAACAACACCGCACCCGGCAGCGUCAAAGGGAAGUAACAUCGCUUUGCCACCACGCUCACCUUUUAAAGACUACGUGGAUUAUAGGGAUAUCAAUACCUUUGGUCUGAGAUUACUACGGUCACUGUCUCUGAGGGGCAGUGUUUUGAUCUCUCCUCUCUCCCUGUGGUCCACUAUGGUGCUGGCUCUCUACGGCGCUGAGCUACUGACGCAACACGAGAUGGAAGAAGUGCUGCAUGUCCUGAAUGUGAGGAAAUAUGACCUGCUAAGAUUUUUGGACAGCGUAGAGGAAAGUCCGUUAAAGGUGCUGAACGAGUCUGAUGUGGUGAUCAUGGAGCAAAAGUCGAAAGUUUUCAAAGACCAAGACUUUGCACUCGGCUCGCGUCCAGAGAGGGAACUGGAAGACAGACUGUGCUCUGUGAACUUUUCCAUGCCUGAAGAAACCACAAAGAAAAUAAACGAAUUUUUAAAGGAGAUCACGUACAACUUGAUGCCCUCCUUGGUGAACCCCAACCAACUGCGAGGCACUCUGAUGGCCAUGGAGACAGGAGGCACCUUCAAGUCUCACUGGCGGUUCAACUGCGAAAAGAAUUGCAUUAAUCCCUUCUACCCGCUCCCUUACUCUGCGCCCAUCAACGUGACCAUGAUAUGGGUGAAGCAACUCCUGCCUGUGGGAAUGGACCCACAUCUUCGUGCUAUGGUGGUGCGCAUGCCUUUCUACCAUAGGAUGUCCCUUUACCUGAUCCUGCCGCUGUAUAUCGGAGAGAAGGCCUUCCAGGACACACUGAACGCCCUGGACAGCUGGAGCAUAAGACACGCCCUUGAGUGGCUCGACUGUUACAGGAUCGAGGUGCACGUGCCGCGGAUCAAGAUGCACUUCGAGUACAGCAAUGACAUAAUGCAGUGCCUAAUUCAUCUCGGGGCAAGAUCUAUGUUCGAUCCUGAAAGGGCAGACUUCUCUUACUUCGGGGACGCCAUGUACACCACCGACCUCAACCAUGAUUCCUAUCUUGAGAUCAACGAGACUAUGGCCACUGCUGGGAUGGCCUCGAACCUACAGCUGAAGUCUGCCGAUGCCCGAAUCCCAUACUCGGCGAAGACACUAUGGCCAUCGUCUAGAUCUAGAAGAACUGCUAAUGCUGAUGAUAUCAACAUGCCGCUGAAUAAAGAUUCUAAGAAACUAUGUAGGAAGAGGAGGAGUUGUAAAGGCAAUGGUGAUCAUAGUAUUGAGGCUCAAUGGGAGAGGAAAGAUGAUACCCUGUGUAAUAUGUGCUUGAAAUUUAAUCGGCCUUUCAUAUUUCUGUUGGUGGAUGAUACAGAUAAUAUCAUAUGGCAAGUCGGAGUGUAUAAAACUCCACUGAAUUAGCUAUCAUGGAGCACUAGAGAGAGAGAGAGAGAGAGAGAGAGAGAGAGAGAGAGAGAGAGAGAGAGAGAGAGAGAUGGACAGAGAGGAGAGAUUAAAAGGACUGCAUGCUAUUUGUGUCCGUAUCUAAUCAACUAUAAGAAAAUACUAUAAAAUAUAUGUCUUGAUAAUAUCUUCAAACAAUUUUCAUUGAGUUGAAGUAGUAGUAGUAGUAGUAGUAGUAGUAGUAGUAGUAGUAGUAGUAGUAGUAGCAGUAGUAGUAGUAGUAUGGGUACAUGAGACAUGAUGGAGUUUGUGUUGAGUCUAUAGGUGUUCAUGAUAGUGUGGGUGAGUGUGUUUAUGUGUGUGGUGGGUUAGUGUUGGUGGGAGUAAGUGAUGUGCUGGGUUAGUGCGAUAGUUGAGCUUAAGUGACAAUUGUAGGUGUGCCUUGAGCUUGGGUAGGCCUAUUUGUGUUGUUAGGUGGUGUUCGUUAGGUACAGUUAGAUAUGAGCGAAAGAACUAUUAUUAUUAUUAUUAUUGCUUUUGUUAUUAUUCUUUCUUUCUUUAUUUAUUUAUUUCUUAUGUAAGAGGGAAACCCGGCCAAGGGACCAAGGGCAACAAAAAACUGUGAUUAAAAAAAAGGCCCACUGAGGUGCCGGUCCCCAAACAGGUUGAAGGAGAGGUGGUUAGUAGGGGACUCCGAGGAUAGCAAAGGAGACAUCUUUUUUUUCUAUUGUCAGUUUUAAGUUUUGAGUGAAAAAUGUAUAUGUAGUUCGAUGCAUGUAAUAUUGUGUGAAGGAGGAGAGUUGGGCAGGCUGUGAUUGCUCCCUUGUGUUGUGAGACAUAAAGGGAAACGUUCAGUGAGGUCACAGCUGGCUUUGAUAAGUUCACAGAAACUCC